CCUUUGUCUGAGGUAGGUAUCAGGGGCUGCUGAGGCCGGCAGACGCCCUCAGUGAUUGGCUGACAUGAUGCCAAGCAACAGGAUCAUCCAAUCACCUUCAAUGGAGGGAGGAUUGUUGACAGGCUCCCUGGGUGACACUUCAUCCAAUCAGAUGUCGAGUUGGACUGUGACGUAGAGCCAGGCAGCCAAACCAAAGUGCCCCCGUUCCCUGGUCCACAACCGUCACUGUCUGGUCUUGCCAUCUAAUGGCCGCUGCCUCUGCCAUGGCUGAGGCUUCCUCUAAGAUGACCUCUGAGGAAGACCAGAGCAUCCAAGAGCCCAAAGAGGCCAACUCCACGACCGUCCAGAAGAAGACGCAAGGGCUCCGAGGUUCCCGCAGGCGCCAUGCCAACCGCCGCAGGGACAGCUUCGGGGACAGCUUUGCCGCCUAUUUCCCCCAGGUGCUGAAGCAGGUUCACCAGGGCCUCAGCCUUUCCCCGGAGUCCGUGAGUGUCAUGGACUCUAUGGUCCGUGACAUAUUGGACCGCAUCGCCACCGAGGCUGGUCGCCUGGCCCGCUACGCCAAGCGUGUGACCAUCACC